AUGAGUGCCACAGACGAGGAGCAGGAGCUUGAGCUGCUUAGGGAGAUGCUACGAACCAAGAAGGCGUACGGAUCCAUAUACCCUGCUCGUCUCAAGGAGCUCAGCGCCCGUGAACUCUACGACCUAGCGAAGGUCGAUGAGAGCCUCUUUGAAAUAAAGCAACCUCCACCCCUUGAGAUUCACACUGCAACUCACGAUACAGCGGUCAUAGCAGAUCUUCUGCAAUCCAUGUCAUCUUACCCUCGCAUUCGGGACAUAGCAUUUCCUACUUCCAGCGCGAGUAUAAUGAGCUUUCUAUUGUCUGAUAAUCAGCGUCCAAGUGCAACUACUGAGACUCCCAAUGAAAACCAGCGGACCAACACGGCUGGCUGCAUGCAAGAGAGCGCUGGGAUUUAA